AUGGCAGGGAUUUUCAUCUUUUACAUUUUUGUGUUCUUUAAGGGACCCUGAAUAAAGUCAGUACUCAAUAAAUAUUUUGUUGAAUGUCAUUUGCUAAAUAUAUUUUACCCAUGGCUAGGACAUAGAUUGUAGCCAAAACUGUCCAAGGAUUCAUCAUCAUUGAUUCAUAAUUAUGCAAACAAGAAGUAGGACUAAAUUUUAGAUGUUCCUCGGUCAUUUAGUGUCAAAGCUUGCUUUCCUCAGACAUAGUGAAAAGGGUGGUUGGUUAUUUAACUGUAAUGAAUUCUUGACUUUUUUUACUGCCAAUGUGAGAGGUACUUUUCAUGGGGAAUAAAAUACUGAUAUACAAUUUAAAGGGACCAUCUCAGCCAGAACGGAUUAUUUAGUUACAGAUUUUUUUUCUUUCCCAAUGAGCUACAAAAAAAUAGAAAAUAUCUUGGAUCCAUGUGAAUUUGCAUAGCUGCCUUCUGAAAAAAUUUCCUAAUGUGACUUUAUAUAUUAUCUACAGGAUUCCUUCUACUUCCUUCUUACUCUAGGUGGGUAGAACAGGUUUCAGUUUUCUAGAUUAUGAAAGAAGUACUGAAAUGUUGAGAUCCCAUAGCUACUUAGGAGUAGAAAUGCAAUGUAGAAACAAGAUCACCUGACUCCUAUUGAGUUUGUCUUUCCUUAAUAUUACAAAGUGAUCCCAUCCUGGCCUAAAGUAUAACCCUCUUGGCAAUUCAUUACUUUAAAUUUCAUAUUGUGACUUUUUUUUAAAACUCCUUUUUUUUUUUUUUAAGGAACUGACAAUGUCCCUGUAUCGUGGAAUAGCUUGCAGGAGAAAAUUUUUUUGGUGCUAUAGGCUGCUGUCAACCUAUGUUACUAAGACACGGUAUUUAUUUGAACUGAAGGAAGAUGAUGAUUCAUGUAAAAAAGCCCAGCAAACAGGAGCAUUUUACCUCUUUCAUAGUCUGGCUCCUCUGCUUCAGACUUCAGCACAUCAAUACCUGGCCCCCCGGCAUAGCCUGUUAGAGUUGGAAAGGCUCCUGGGUAAAUUUGGACAGGAUGCACGAAGAAUAGAAGACUCUGUGCUGAUUGGAUGCUCUGAGCAGCAGGAAGCAUGGUUUGCUCUGGAUCUAGGUUUGGAUAGCUCCUUUUCCCUAAGUGCCUCCUUACACAAACCUGAAAUGGAGACAGAGCUCAAGGGGUCUUUCAUUGAGCUGAGAAAGGCUCUCUUUCAACUCAAUGCAAGGGAUGCCUCCUUGCUGUCCACGGCUCAAGCUCUUCUCCGCUGGCAUGAUGCUCAUCAGUUCUGCAGCAGAAGUGGGCAGCCCACCAAGAAGAACGUGGCUGGCAGCAAGCGUGUGUGCCCUUCCAAUAAUAUCAUCUAUUAUCCACAGAUGGCUCCUGUGGUGAUCACGCUGGUGUCAGACGGGACCCGAUGCCUGCUUGCCCGCCAAAGCUCCUUUCCCAAGGGAAUGUAUUCUGCCUUGGCAGGUUUUUGUGAUAUAGGUGAAAGUGUGGAAGAGACCAUCCAUCGAGAAGUUGCAGAAGAGGUGGGAUUGGAGGUGGAAAGCCUGCAGUACUAUGCAUCCCAGCACUGGCCCUUCCCUAGUGGCUCACUCAUGAUUGCUUGCCAUGCAACUGUGAAACCAGGGCAGACAGAAAUCCAGGUGAACUUGAGAGAAUUAGAGAAAGCUGCCUGGUUCAGUCAUGAUGAGGUAGCUACAGCCCUGAAGAGAAAGGGCCCCUAUACUCAGCAACAGAAUGGGACUUUCCCAUUCUGGCUGCCCCCUAAGUUAGCCAUCUCCCACCAACUGAUUAAGGAGUGGGUGGAAAAACAGACCUGUUCUUCCCUGCCUGCUUAGCCCAGAUCAAGUCACUUAGAUCGCUCCUUGGUAUUCCUGAGGGACAAACUAGAGAUCAGUUGACAAAGGAGAAGUGACAAAAGACAAGCUGCAGAAGGACCUCAGAAGGGCAGAGGGUGAGCCUACAGUAAGACACUUCUAUCAGCAGUGUUAAUGGAAGAAAUUCCUACCAAUGGGCAAUCAAAAAAGCCAGCGUGAGAAGAAAACUGAUGAGCUGUCAACUGUCAAAAAUCAGGGGUAAGGAGGAAGCAUUAGUUUGGAUGUAGGCCCUUGUUCAGUCAUUUUCUCUAAGGCCUUGGAAGCAAACAUCUGGCAUAUGGCUUGUUAAUGUUGUGUUUACACUAACUGCCAAAAUGUGCCUGUUGUAAGUCUGGUUAAAACUUUUAUCUUAGUAUUGAAAAUACAUAGCAAGUUUCAAGUCAUUACUGAGUUACUUGUUACCCUUACAGAAUUAAGAAAAAUUGCACAGUAUAACAUUUUUAAAUUCAUGUACAGGUGCAUUCUAGUUACAUGAACAUGGUAGUUAAAUAAAAGUCAUAAUUAAGUCAUUAUGACUCAGAGUACUUUAUAAUAAAUCAGAUGCCAUGAGGCUCUGUUGAGGAAGUACAAUCCCAAUGGGACUCCAGACAGUAAAUCUUUUUCGCUGUUUUCAGCUCUGUCACAUGCUCAGUUUGUGACCCAGGGAAAAGACUAUUGCUUUGCCAUGCCUGUUUUCCUAAAUAAAACAGUUGCUGGCAUUUGCACAUCCACAAUGUGUUGAUUAACAAAGGGAUUGGUGGAGAUAAACAGAUGCCAAACCUGACCUAUUUCUUAAACUUUAUGGAAUAAACUAAAUUUAGGAUUUCUCAUCAUUCGUAUAUGAUGCCAUAAGGGAGAAGAGUUUAUUUGGGGAAAAUAAAAUAAAUUUCCACACCUUUGUUCUGA